AUGAAAACGUUAAUGUCCAUGGUUCAUAUGAUGGCCAAACAAGUCAACUCUGAUCUUGUUCUUACAUGCAUUGACUCGUUUAUGGAUCAAGAGAUGGUACAUUUAAACACAAAGUCUUUUCAAAAAAAUGAGCUCAACGAAAAAAUACUGGUUACGAAAUUAUAUCUGGUGACUUCAAUGGAAGUAGAUCCGACUAAAACCAUAAUGUAUGUAAAAGCCACACUCGGCCACUUUGGAUUAGUCGAAUUCGAGUCUUCCACGGCUCGAACCUGCCAGAUGAUAUUGUGGAAAUCAGGGGAUAAAGCCGCUCAGAUUUGCCAAUGGGAAGAAGCUAUAUCAUGGUACAGGGUUUGUUUGACCCUUAUCUCAGACAAUAUGGUUGACAGGCACAAUGAUGCCAUGCUUCAUCGAAAAAUCGCUCUGUGUCAAUUUGAGCUUCAUCACAUUGACGAAGCGCUUACAGAAUGUAUUCAAGCAAAACAAUUUGAACAAGAAUCAGAUAUGCCACCUACUUUGCUUAUGCUAUUUAUUCUGUACUUGGAAAAAGGUGACGAGGCUAAAGCAAUGGAAAAUUUAGCACAAAUCUCGAUUCAGUCUCGAUUGGAUCUGUACAUUCAUGCAGCAACAGUUGCUCAAAAAAAAGAAAAUCAAGGAAUAGUUCGAAAUAUUUUGAAAAUGGUAGCUACCUCGGGGCAUAUUGAUUGGAGUCUAGAUGACACAAAAUGCAAAGUCUUGACCAUUAUUCGGUGUCUUAUCCGACUUACCAAAACAAACGAGCCAAACAAAAUUGAUGUACAGGCUAUUGUUUCAUAUGCAAACAAAGCCUACGGUAUUCUCAAGCUGUGGUCUCAAAAUGGAGAAACUCGAGAAGCCAAUACUGAAUCUUUUCCCCAGUUUGAAACUGAAGUAGAUUGGCUUCUUCGAGUGUGCUGGAAUACCGCUAUACAGAUUGGACAUCUAGAUAUAUCCAAUACAGCUACAGUCAACUUGUUUGAGAUUGUGAGCAACCUGACUCUUUUGUUUUCAACAACAACCAUAUCUCAUUUGAAAAUUCGGAAAUCAAGUCUAUUUAUAGCAGCACUAGGACAGUUGUUCAUUGUAGAGAAAGGAGAUACAACAAAAGCUGCAGAAGAUCUAUCAAAGGCCACCGUAUAUAUACAUGAAUUUGAAAAUGCAGUGCAAUCGCUGUCUGAAUUGGACGAUACAUUUGAUCGCAUGACAGAUAUAUCUAUGAUUCAGCUGCUACCCAUCAAGUUUGAAAUCUAUGUUCGACAAAAGAAAUGGAGUGUAGCACAAAGCGUGAUCAAGGACUGA